AUUGUGAGUCACACAUCUACUUGUAGCAUUAAAAUGUAUAACAUUAGGAAAUUCUGGUCAAAAAAGUUUCAGAGCUAGGAAUUUCUAGCAACUAAUCAUAGGAUAUGUAUCUCUAUUCAUUUCAAUUUCAUAAUCAUAAUAAAAGGCUGCCAUAGUUAACAUAACAUUAAGAAUUAAUACAUUUUCUCACAAAACAAAAGCAGACUCUCUGUCACACAAGUCUUGGCCAAGUGCCAAAAAUAGGAGGGGAAAUUGCUCAAAAGUGAAACUGAGCUUUCCGGGUAAAACAAAACUUAUGCUCUGAGAGACAGUGAACAGUUAGAUUAAAUAGACUUCAACAUACAUAAGCAAGAUGGCAGGACGAUUAAAGCAGUACAUGGCCUGCGUUCUUUCUUCUAAGCUCCUGCUUCUGACAUGUUUUGUGGGUGUGGUAGCUAUUGGGAUUAAGAUUUUUAAACAGGACAAUCAUUUAAGUGAAGAAGGUAUGUACUGUACAGUAUUCAGUGAUGAGCUUCGGAUCCUGCUAAUCGGAAAAACCGGUGUGGGCAAGAGUGCAACAGGAAACACCAUACUUGGAAACAAGGCUUUUGAAUCUGAAAUAUCUUCUUCGUCUGUAACCACACAGUGUGAAAAAGCAGAUGGAAAUAUACAUGGCAGAAAAGUAUUUGUUAUCGACUCCCCAGGUCUGUUUGACACUCAGUUAUCUGCAGAUGAGGUGAUUAAUCGGAUUAGGCUGUGCAUUCCAUUCUCUGCUCCAGGACCUCAUGUCCUCUUAGUUGUGAUUCAAAUAGGCAGAUUUACAGAGGAAGAAGAAAAAACUGUUGAGGUUUUUCAAACAAUUUUUGGGGAAAAAUCUUCAAGUUACACUAUGGCUCUAUUUACUCAUGGAGAUCAGCUAAAGGGGAAAACUAUUCAUCAGUUUGUACGCAACAAUACAAAGCUUCUGAAUUUCCUCCAGAAAUGCAAAGGUGGAUACCAUAUGUUUAAUAAUGAAGAUCAGAAUCGAGGACAAGUCAUCCAACUCCUCGAUCAGAUUGAUAAGAUGGUCACUUUAAAUGGUGGAGGACAUUACACUACAGAAAUGCUUCAGGAGGCAGAGAGAGCAAUAGAAGCAGAGAAACAACGAAUCCUGAAAGAGAAUGAAGCACAAAGACAAAAGGAGAUAGAAGAUCUGAGGAAGAAGUUUGAGGGAGAAGCAUUUGAAAAAGCAAGACGGGAAUUUCAAGAGGAACAAGAACGGCAGGCAAGAUGGAGGGCUGAGCGAAGCACCUCACUGUUUGGAAAGAUAGGCAAUUUUUUAAAUGCAGUUUACACAAAGAUUCGUAAUCUGUUUUAAACAAGAUGUAAGAUCGGAUUUACUUUUAAUGUAAUUUUAUAUCAGUUGUUAUUUACAUUAUUUGUGUAAGAGUGAGAUCACAGAUUUUCAGUAAAAUACAAUGAUGCUUCUAGAAGUAGCGUGAUUUCAAAUUCACAAUUAAAUGAAUUACUUUUAGGUGGUUUAAUAUACAGCAAAAUCAUAUUAAACAUUAAUGAACUAUAAAAAUAGUAAUUAUAAUAAUAAUGUUGUGUUAAUACU